GGGGCGAAUUGUUGUUGUCAUGGCGGCGUUUCAAAUUAUAAGCAUCGGACAGAAAAGUAAAAAGAUAAUCAUUUUAUAACAGCUAUUUUAUUUAUACUUGAGUUGCUUCUAUACGUUGGUUGGCGGUACCGGUACAAUUUCCAAGAUAAAGUUUUACGAGUUUAUGAGAAAGUCACCCUUAUUAACUUAUUAUUAACUCUCAGCUACAAACAAGAGUUUCUCGCUAACGCCAAACAGUUUCCAUGAUGUCAACGCGGAAAAUGAAAUAAUACUGGCUAUUAUUCUCAAAUGUUUUUGCAAUCAUGACGGCGGAAUACUUCCACGGUAGUCCUGUGGCAAGUCAGCAGAAGGGUUGGGUUGUUGUUAACACAAAUCGUAAUGUUAAUGACUCCAGAGACUUAUCACCAUCAAAGACAGGAUCAAAGUUAUUAUUCAAUGAAGCAAUCCCUGCAUGUACUAGCAAUCGUGCCACUCGUGUUGAUCUACCAGCUUCAAUUGUGAUUGAGAAGCUGAUGCCUUUGCCUGAAGAGCACACAUUUGAAGAUAGCAGUAAAAGCUCCAUCAGCUUCACAGUUUUGUCUGAGGAGCAGCUGAAUGCAGCGGUAAAACUGGCCAAAAGGGACUUGAGACGAAGGCGCCUUGAUUCACUGAACAGAUCUUCCCCUAAGCACAUGCAAAAGUCCUCGCUCCUAGAAACAAGUGAUGUAGAACUGUUGCAGGAGCUUGGAACUACACCAAGUAAGAUUAAAUUAAUGGCCUCUAGUCCGAAAGAAACAAAACCUAGAGGCAGAUUGGUAGGGCACUCAUCCCAUAAGUCCCCUACAACUCAAGGGCCAACCAAACAACAUGGUUUACCAGAACGCAAUCAUUUAGUCCACGAGAUACUCAGGCUGCAACAUGAACUUCAAAUUUGUAUCCAGAAAGCUGUGGAGCUUGCCAGUCGAGAGCAGAAAGUGGGGGAACCACUGGAGCCAGAUGAGCAAAGCAAGCUGGAUAUUCGCAAACAGAAGCAAGCUGCCCGUUCUACAAGUAUUAUCUAUGCUCUUCAACAUCAGGUAAAAGAAGUACAAGAAAAUUUAGAAAAGGGACAUUAUCAAAGCACAAAGUCAACAUCGCUGAAGAGACUUGCAGCAGCUCAUCGUGGUGCUCUCCGAGCUCUGCAUGUUUUCAUCCAACACCUUUCAAACACAACUCACUGUACAAAUCUACCUAAUUUUAAAGAUUUAGGCCAUCUUAUUCGCCAAUUGUGUUUGUGCUCUACUAAAGCUGAGCUGAAUGAAGGAUCAGCUGUGCCUCAGUCUGCCCAUGGCAUUCUGCAAAUGUUAGAGAUGUUAGAUUCAGCUCUAUGUAAACAACAUUUGCUCAGAAAGAUGCAAGUGCAAGCAUGCCCUCCACCCAGGGAGACUCACCACAGCACAUCAAUCAAGACAUCCAGAGGAGCCAAUGCUUUUAUUCACCAGACCUCCUCUAAACCUGUAAAAGCAGUAAAAAAUGUAAAGGGUAAGAAAAAGGCCCCAAGAAAACCCAAAGCUGUGUCACAAGUUCUGACACACAGGGGAGACCUGUUACGAGUUGGUGUGGAAAAACUUGCCCAGCAGAGGGAGCAAGAGAACAAAGCAGAAGGACAUUCCAGGAAGACAACCUACAAUAAAUAUAAUCAGGUGCACAAUACAAAUUUCCUUCAGCCUACAGUUUCAUCUCGUCUCAGAGAGAAUCAGCUCCCCACGAAAGAGCAGGCUGUGCCCUGGAUACCUACAUCACCUCACUCUCCUCCUCGACGGCAAUCCCAUCAACCUAAAACAAGACCAGAGCCUCGUUGUCUUUUUUCUCCUGAAAAGAGUCACCCAUCCACAGCCAGGAGCAGGUUCAAAGCAGAGCCAUCUUUAAACUUAGAAAAGAAGCAGCAGGCCCAAGAAGAGGCAAUGAGGAGAGUGUGGCUGGAUAAAAUGACAAUGCAGAGACUCAAAAAGCUCCAGCAGCUCAGUGAAGAAGAAACACAGCGCCUCCAGUUGUUAAGGUCUAAAGUGAUCUCGCCAACUCGGUGGGCUGAGGGAGAACAGAAGGCCACUGAAAAUGUACAACACCUUCUAGACCAAGCACAGCAAUUUGGAGAUUCUAGUAGCAGAACUGUUCUCUCACUAAACAACAGACUAAAUGAACAUGUUGCACAUGGGUCUGCAGAAAGUGCAGAUCAACUGAGUGAAGCUCUCCUGGAGGACCUGCUAGAAGACACAGCUCGCGCAGCGUGGGCACUGCAGACAGAUGGACAGUUAGAGGGCAGGGCCCAGCGGAGGAUGCAAACCAGCACCCUGGAGAAUAUGCUCGUUCGAAUGGAGGAAAUCCAGAGGGACCAGGAAGAAGUGAGGAGGCGAGUUACAUCUAUUAUAUAUUCAGAUCCUCUUAACUGGGACAAACCAAAAGACCCAGACAAAAGCCCUGGCUCAACACCAUCUUCUCCUCAACCAAUUAGACUCACACAGCCAGAGCUGACGCAGGGGCCCAUUACCGAUAUAAUCUUAGCGAAACCUUUGGAGACAGGAGCCUUCAUAGAGGCCAGGUCACCAGAGGAUGAGGGGUCCCAGGUCAGGAGAAGUGCUAUGUUCCCAGCCGCAGUGCAAAGAGGCAGAGGUGCUAUUCUUUCUGUGCCAGGACACACACUGAGAAACAUACGGCAAUAUCGGGAAGACUACGAGGCUUACCGGAGUGCAGUGGGUCACGGGAGCACUAGGGGUGUCACUCCUUGGGCCAUCGCUGACAGUCUGGCAGAGGAGUUGUUGGCGGAGGCGGUAACCGAAGUGGCGGCUGAGUUCCAGGAUGUCGUGGAGGAGUACGCCGAGGCUGUCUUCACAUCAGAGUUCCUUCAGCCUGUCCAAUCACCUGCCCCACCAGUCCAGGAAAUAACAUAAUAAUAAUAACAUUAACUUUUGAUUUUUGAUUCAGGGUUUUUUAAAGACACUUUUAUUUUUCUACAGUAUUAGUUUUGUAUGUAUGUAUAUGUUGUAUGCACUUAUGUCAGUAUUUAAUUUUUGUUUUGCUAAUUUGAAGUCAAUCUGACACAAGACGCAUUAGUCACAUCAGGUGUCUGUCUCUACCUGUACCUUUGAUUUAAUGGUGAUGAGUUAUGUUUUGUGAGCUGUGAGGGUCCAUUAAAACAUUAUUGAGGAUUAUAAGAUUAUUGCAUUCCCUUUCCACUUUGUAUAAAUAUUUCUGGGGAUUACUCUGCUUCCAUUUUCAUGGUAUUUGAAAAGAAAUUACUAGCAUCUGUCCCUGCAUUAAAUAGGAGUAGCUAAAACCAUAACUCCAUUUUAAUGUUGGAAUUUGAAAAUAAA